CGUGAAGGAAAAGAGAGAAGAAAAAAGAAUGCCGACACUUUCUUUAUAUGAUGCAAUUUUAUUGUUUUCAAUCAUUUUUCUUCAAUUUUUGGUUCACCAGGUUGCUAGCUAUGAUGAUCCAUUGAUUGGAACAAGCAGGAAAACCUUGGAAACAAUCAUUGCCGCCGGUGGCGUUGGUGAUUGGGAAGCUCCUCCUCCUUCUCCUUACAAUUACGGCUAUCCUCCACCGCCUCCUCAACCAAAAUGUACACCACCACCUCUACCUCCUCCCCCUCCUGUUCCAAAAUGUCAACUUCCCCCACCACCUCCGCCGCCUCCGCCACCACCACCACCUCCUCCUCCUCCUCCUCCACCACCACCGCCUCCUCCUCCUCCUCCACCACCACCGCCUCCUAAACCAAAAUGUACACCACCACCUCCACCUCCUCCCCCACCUGUACCGAAAUGUACACCACCACCUCCGCCGCCGCCGCCGCCUCCCCCACCAACACCGUCACCACCACCACCAUGUAAUAAGUACCGCGCGAAGAGUGGCUGCUUCGAAAACGAGCGACUCGCAAAAUCCUACGGCGUGAUCCGAAAGUUCCGGAAAAAAAUCCGAGCCGACUCCAAUAGCAGGAAAUACACAGACACAUGGCGAGGCACCGACGUCUGCAAAUAUGAAGGCUUCUAUUGCGAGAAUCGUCCCGACGUGAACGAAAAAGCCGUCGCAGCUGUCGACUUCAACGGCGCCGGAUUCUCGGGUCUCAACGGUUCCCUUCCCCUCGACGACUUCAUCGAUGAGUUACACGACUUAGCCAUCUUCCACGCCAACUCCAACAACUUCACCGGCACUGUCCCUCUCGGCGUCUCCAAGAUCAAAUACUUAUACGAGCUCGAUCUCAGCAACAACCACUUGUCCGGUGAUUUCCCCACUGAAGUCCUUCAAGCCAAAAACUUGACCUUCUUGGACCUAAGGUUCAAUGCCUUGCAAGGCACGGUACCACAACAAGUGUUCGAUCUAGACCUCGAUGUACUCUUCAUCAACAACAACAACUUCCAACAAAAACUACCCGAAAAUCUCGGCGACACGCCGGUUUUAUACCUCACAUUCGCGAACAACAAGUUCACCGGUCUGAUCCCGACGAGCAUCGGUAGAGCUUCCAACUUACUCGAAGUGCUUUUCCUCAACAAUCAGCUUACAGGAUGUUUGCCAUACGAGAUCGGUAACCUAAGUCGAGCCACCGUGUUCGAUGUCGGCACGAAUAGGCUUACCGGACCGAUCCCGCACUCGUUCGGGUGCUUGAAAAGCAUCGAGCUACUCAACUUGGCUAGCAACGAGUUCUAUGGGGAAGUGCCCGAAAUCGUUUGUAAACUCCAAAGGCUUCAAAAUUUGUCAUUGUCGAACAACUACUUCACACAGGUUGGCCCUGCUUGUAGGCACUUGAUAUUGAAGAACAUACUCGAUGUUCGAAAAAACUGCAUCUUGGACUUGCCGGAUCAAAGAUCAAAAGCCGAUUGCGCCGCUUUUUUCUCGAGAAAAUCGUAUUGCGGUCGGAAGGAUUCGUUCAAGUGGGUUCCAUGCAUAAAGGGUGGUGAUUAUAAUUCGAGUUCGACGGUGAAAUCCGGGCUAGAAUCAAUGGAUUCUUCUCCUUCCACAUCUCCGAGAACUUAUAGCACACUUAUCCCACACCGGCUGUAAAUCAAUAGUGGGUUCUAUCUUCUAUGGUUGUUUAUAUGUUUAUUGAUUCAGUUAAGGAAUCAUGGUUUGUAAUUUGUAAGAAUUCGUCGUGAUCCAAUAUUGGUGAAGUUGUCGGUUACGGCACUAAGUCGUUAUGAAAUCUAUGGCAUUACUUUAUGAACUCAA